AAUAUUAUUAUUAUUAAUCAGCAGGAAAAGUGUGGAUCUUCGGCGAUACUUGGAGGUUCUCAAGCCAUUCCUAUAUGAUCCCACUAUCAGGCUGACAGGCACUAUGCUACCGAAAUUAUACUUCGACAAGCCUUACAAGGUCAGAAUAUGAAGCGAUAAUAACCAGAAAAGUCUGGCAAUGGCCACCAACCCAGCCGUCUUCGUUGAGAGACAAAUGAUGCCAGUAUAAAUAUUACGCCGGAUAGUCAGCAGCUUUAAAGGCCUUAGACCAGUGUGCGUGGAAUUGAUGUCACGUGUGCGAACAAGUCGUGCAGUGGAAUGAAGCUUUCGCUGCCUUCUCAAGCAGAGCGUCUAUGUAUACGCGAAUACGAUGCGCAGUCGCCCGCCGGGUAAACGCUGCCCAGCUGUACCGUAGACUCAUUUAGAACUGCAUCAAGGCUUAUUGAAAAACUCUUUUCAACCACCUAGCAGCCCACAAUAGAGUUAUGCUGUGGUCGGCGUUGGGACAUGAAGGGUUUGAAGACAACGAAAGAGCUGACUGUGUCACAAAACGUCGAGCCCAAUCAAAGGAAUUCAUAACUCCUUCCAUAAGGAAGUCCGAAAGGCUUCUGCAACUUAGCCGGGAAGGUCUUAUAACUCUUACAGGCUAGACACCGAAAGUUAGGGUAAAAUUGGAAUAAUAUGGAGCUUUCUGUAGACACCGACUUUAGAUUUUGUGAAUUGGCGAACAAAACUCCAGAGCAUAUUCUAUGUGACUGCCGACGCAUCAUGAAUCGCAGUCUGAUACACCUUGGAGAAUAUCUUCUCCUGGAGAUUAUCUUCUCCAUACCUUGAUCAUACGGAGUUAAACUUCUGCGCUGGUGAAUUUCGCUUAGCGGUAACUGCAAGUGAUAGAUUACCUACGAGUUUCACUCCUGGAGUGAGAGAUAUACCAAAAUCUCCGUCCACAUGUUUUGGAGUACCUCCUCCCUGGUGAAUUAACCAGGUCUAAGGCUCACUAAUAAAACCUAAACAGUACGUUGGCGAUAUGGCAUCGAAGACAAAGAAGUACAUACUCGUACGUUCAUUGAAAAUCAAUUGGAAGACAUGCGUUAAAAAUUACUUUUGAACAGUUGCAUACGUAACCCACUCAUUGAUUAUUCUGGCGUUACAUCUUCCGUUCCAAUGCUUCUAUUCUCUUUCCGCUCAAUAGCUCCCGUUCGAAAGGUCUUUAACCUCACAUCAAAGCUCGUCGAAAUGCAAUCGCACCAGAUUUUUACACUCUUUCGCAAGAACAAUAAAAACACCAGAGUUGAGCAAAAUUUUUGUUUUAUUUUCUACAAAUCCACACACAUCGUCCAACGCUAACUGACCAGCACUUUUGGGGUUUCAAUUGAGCUAUGCACAAGUCAGCUUUUAUUAGAUUUGUCGCAGUGCUAGUUGCAGUCUUUCGGAAAUACCCCAACGAGCAACAUGCGUGUACCGAUAGACACGCGUAAAAAGCAAAAUAAAAAACAUUAAUUUAAUAAUAAAAAAAAACAAAACACUCGCAAGGACCCGCAUUUCUUUUCGAAAUUUCAAUAAACUCACCAUCAUUUUGUUUUUGUGUUUAAAUACUUACUUAAACUACAGCGCGUUGAAAUCAAGGAAAUGCUAUCAAAUCUCAAACGGCCAUUAGCAAGUGUGUCCUUCGUAUUCCCUCCACUGCUGUGGGUGAUAACAUGUUUGUUGGCGUCAGUGAGCGGUUAUCCUUCGAACACUUUUCGCGAUCUCGAUAUCUGCAAUCAUUGGAAUGGACGUCGACAUUUUCUGGAAUUGGGCGAACGUGGCGAUUUGCAUGCGCGUAAUGUCACCACAUCCGCUUUUCGAAGCACCCUAUUCUCGCCCACAAAUCCUAGCCAAAUGAAGAAUCGCAGCAGCACAGAUAUUUGGUAUCAGUGCAAUUUGGAGCUGGUGACCUGCGCUGAGUGCGUCAUUCGCAUAACAUUCACGCACAUCAACUUCUCUAAGACGUGCGAACGCAUUGCCAAUUCGGGUAUUGGAAAAUCCUCACUUUGUCCUUGCGAACAUAUUCAAUUCUCAGAACCACCGUAUGACACAACGAUUUCGGGCCAGGAGUUCUGUGGCGAUGGCAAAGUGUUUCGCAGUAAAACGCGUACGUUGUUGCUGAAAUUCUUCUAUCGCGCAACCAAUAGUCAUGUCUUUUCGCUGCAGUACUUCUCGGAAAGGAAUGUUAAAAUUGUUAGCGGCUCACCACGGCAGGCCAUAAUCAGUAAUUAUUCCAAAAAUGAGCCGCAUGUCAUCUCAACUCCCUACUUUCCUAUGCCAUAUCCUCGUGAUUACGGCAUUGAACAUAUACUGACAUGUGAAUCGGAAAACUGUCAAGUGCGACUGGAUUUUACCGACUUUCAGUUAGGCCUAACCUCAACAUUGGAAAUAUUCGAUUCGAACGGUCAAAUGUUGGACUCGUACACCGGUGAACAUUUUCGUCCGCCCAUCACAAUUAGCAAUGGUAAAUCACUAUUGUUGCAAUUCCGUGGUAACGGUAAUACGGGUGUCGGAUUUCGUGCCGAGAUAUCUUUCGUUUCAUCCAAGCAAUUGAAGGAAGAUCGUUUAGUGCCAUAUACAGAUUGUGGCGGCAUGGUUUCCGGACCAGGUGGCGCAAUCACGAUGAUGAAUAUGAUCGAAAAUAACACCGAUGUAAGAUUUUACGAUUGCAUAUGGAUAAUUAAGCCUGGCAACAAUUAUAUGAUGAUGAAGACACACAUUUCGCUGCGCGUUGAAGAAUUUCAUGGCAUGGCUUCACGUUCGGAUCUAACCAUACGUCAGGGUACAACAUCGGAUGCUGCUGAAAUUGAGAGUGUUGUUUGGCCCAAUAAUGGCAUGAGUAAAGAGAGUCACAUUGUGCCGGUGCUAACAGGCUACUAUAUACGCCUGCGUGGUGUCUUCGGCAUGUCAUCGAAACUGGCCAUUUCUUACAGUGUUUUCAACUAUUUAAAUUGUUAUAUUGGUUCGGAAUUCCUUUGCGGUAAUAAUCAUUGCAUCUCAAUAAGGCUACACUGUGAUGGCUUUGAUCAUUGUGGUGACGGUUCUGAUGAACCAGAAUCAUGCGAAGAGGAUUGGGCGCAUUUACAAAACGAUCGACGCUGGUACUCACACAAGCCGAAUUAUUAUUUUCCCAAAAUAGAGCAGUAUCCUGACUUGAAAACAGCUACUGGUAUUUUCAUAAUAAGUACGCUGGGUAUUUUUGCCGUACUAACGGGUUGGAUGGUCAUAUUGUACCGCAUGGGUGUGAGGGCACGCCAUCAACGCGAACUGCAAAGUCAUCUGCAAACUAUUAGUGAGCUACUAGACCGCCAAGAGGAAAUGACGCCCGACGAACCGCCCAGCUAUGAAGCACCACCCGACUAUGAGGAAGUAAUCAAGGUUGGCAUGGAACAGGAGAUACGUGAUGCACGCCAACGUCAACGGCGUCGCCAUCAUCACCAUCCCGAGCACGGUUGUGGGCACGCCGCCUGCAUUCUACCGCACACACAUACCUGCGAUCGUCCGACCACAUCGGCGGCUGCCGCAGCCAUUGCGCUUAACGGCACUGUGGCUAUUACAAAUGGUGUCGGCGGUGCGCAAUUGCCCGAUGCAGAAAUACGCAAUGAACUGGCUAAUCGUGUACUAAUGGCUACCGCAGCUUGUGGCGCUGCAGGCGCGUCAGAAUCGGGCACAGUUGCGCAGGGAUGCUGCUGCUGUCAAUCCAUGGGGAUUCAGUCGGGCCCGACAUCGCUUCCCAUUGGGUGUGAAUUAUCCCCAACCGUUGGCGAACAGCCGGAGGCCGGGACGAGCUCUACCGGAACGCCCAGUCAACUUGAGGAACGAAGUGCCGAAUUUCGAGAUGACUCACUCAAUAUAUCGCUCACUCUAGGCAUACCACAAACAACAAUGGCUCUUAGCGAAAAUAAUUCAAAUGUUUCAUCGCGCCCCAGGAGCACAACUAAUUACAGCGAACAAACCCAUUUGAAACGCUCCUGGAUUGUUGUUAGUAACGGUACACACAACUACAAAGUUCAACGUUUGCGACACACAUUCUCCGUGCCAGAGUCAUUCCCAAUUGAUGCCUAUUACCCAGAUGUGCUAAGCUAUGGUACCAACCUACCACACGAACGCCAACUUUUCCUCAGCAACGCCAGCAAUUUCGGUUCAGAAUUAUCACGCGAUCCUUCAGCGCACUGCAUCAAUGCACGUCGACUCCAACAGCAGCAGCAAUUCAAUCAGCCGAUAACGAGUCAGCAGCAACGCAGCGCAAUUCUGCAUCUAUACGAUGACAAUACAGCUAACUGCACGGAUGUGGGCGUGGCAUCGACUUCGCAUAAUCAACAAACUCACCAAAAUCGUUCACCUAUUUCGGAUAAUUUGCGACAACCUUUAUUGCACAACGAAAUGGAUAGCGAUUGUGAGCAUGAAAUAUCGUGUUUUGGUGCGGUAAGCAAUCGUAUACAUGCCCGACGUAGUCAUGCCCGUCGUCAUGUGCGUAGCAAAUCCUUCACCAACUCAACCAGCUGUAAGCAGCACCACCAUCAGCGUGUCGGCGGUGGUGGUGUUAUGAGACGCAGUUCGUCGGCCGAUUUGUUGUUGCGUUUAAGUCCGGCCACUUCACCGUCAUCGCCACAGGAAUACCAUGACUCGGCGGAUAUCAAUGGUCAACAGUAUACAAAGCAUGAAGAACUGAUAUUUUUGAUUUAAAUUGAUGAUUGCGAUUGUAGGUGUUGUCGAAAAAGAUCAGCUCCGCGCACGUCAACACCCGCGCUCACACCCGACCCAACAGCAAUUACACGAGCGGCGCUGUUCUCCAACGGUACGACAAUGUUACGCAAACUGUCGAUGCUAUUUCGAAGUUUGGCGGCCUGAAAUUUGGCUGGCAAUUUCGGGGAGCCGCCAACUGAGAAGGCUUUAAACUCCUUCGAAGCGGUAGGCAUUGAAGAAA